CUGAAGAUCGUGAGCUCACCGUCGGUCUGCAGCAGAGCCAGAGCUCAUUCAGAGGAGCAUCUUCACACACCUACAGCUAUGAGGGAGAUCGUGCACAUUCAAGCCGGACAGUGCGGCAAUCAGAUCGGAACAAAGUUCUGGGAAGUCAUCAGCGACGAGCACGGCAUCGAUGCAGCCGGCAACUAUGUGGGUGACUCAGCGCUGCAGCUUGACAGAAUUAAUGUAUACUACAACGAGGCGUCCUCUCACAAGUAUGUUCCCAGAGCCAUACUGGUGGACCUGGAGCCUGGAACUAUGGACAGUGUUCGUUCUGGGGCAUUUGGACAGCUGUUCCGACCAGAUAACUUCAUCUUUGGACAGACAGGUGCAGGAAACAACUGGGCCAAGGGCCACUACACGGAAGGAGCCGAGCUGGUGGACUCAGUCCUGGAUGUGGUCAGGAAGGAGUGUGAGCACUGCGAUUGCCUGCAGGGCUUCCAGCUCACGCACUCCCUCGGUGGAGGAACCGGAUCGGGAAUGGGGACUCUUCUGAUCAAUAAGAUCCGAGAGGAGUAUCCAGACCGCAUCAUGAACACCUUCAGCAUCAUGCCUUCACCCAAAGUGUCCGAUACGGUGGUGGAGCCCUACAACGCCACGCUGUCUGUGCAUCAGCUGGUGGAAAACACCGAUGAAACGUACUGCAUCGACAACGAGGCGCUGUACGAUAUCUGCUUCCGCACGCUCAAGCUCACCACACCCACGUACGGGGAUCUCAAUCACUUAGUGUCGGCGACUAUGAGCGGCGUCACCACUUCGUUGCGGUUCCCCGGACAGCUGAACGCAGAUCUGCGCAAGCUGGCGGUCAACAUGGUGCCUUUCCCUCGCCUUCACUUCUUCAUACCCGGCUUCGCGCCGUUGACUGCAAGAGGAAGCCAACAGUAUCGAGCGCUCACGGUUCCUGAACUCACGCAGCAGAUGUUCGACGCCAAGAACAUGAUGGCUGCUUGCGACCCAAGGCAUGGGCGAUACCUCACGGUGGCCACUGUUUUCCGCGGCCCCAUGUCUAUGAAGGAAGUCGACGAGCAGAUGUUGGCCAUUCAGAACAAGAACAGCAGCUAUUUCGUGGAGUGGAUCCCCAACAACGUUAAAGUCGCGGUGUGCGACAUCCCACCCAGGGGACUUAAGAUGUCCUCCACUUUUAUCGGCAACAGCACCGCCAUCCAGGAGCUCUUCAAGCGCAUUUCUGAGCAGUUUUCGGCAAUGUUCAAACGCAAGGCCUUCCUGCAUUGGUUCACUGGAGAGGGAAUGGAUGAGAUGGAGUUCACCGAGGCCGAGAGCAAUAUGAAUGACCUGGUGUCGGAGUAUCAGCAGUACCAGGAGGCUACGGCCAACGAUGGCGAAGAAGCAUUUGAGGAUGAAGAGGAAGAGGUGAACGAAUGAAUGACAGAUGCAGUUUUGCAGUUUUUUGGUGUUUUUUUAAGCUGUGAUUUUUACGUUUUGUAUGUGGAUGGCUGAA